AUGCCGCGCGCCGACCCCACGACGUACAAGAGCAUGGUGUCGGAGAACACCCCACUGCUCGAGAGGGGCGCGGGAUCAUGGUGGGACUGGCGUCGCUCCACCGCGGUCGCCUCCGCGGUCCUUCUCGUGACCGCGCUCGUCGUGGCGGUGCUCGGGGCGAGAUCUUCGGGUUGGCGCAUCGGAACUGCCGCCGCCCCGAUGGGGGACUCCUCCGGCAUGGAGCCGAUGAUCUCCCCGAUCGGCGACGGCGAGUUCGGGCGAACGCUCGUGGGCGUCCUCGGCACCGAGGGCCUCGGCAUCGCGUACCAGACCAUGCUCAACUACGAGUGCCUCGCGCGCCGGCUCGGGCGGAAGCUCGUCCUCGUCCCUCUCGUCACCUCGCACUUCGACGACGUCCCCAUCGACCUCGCCGAGCUCUUCCAGUUCGACGACGGACAGCUCGUCCCGCUCGCCCAGGCCCCGCACGACAUCAUGGCGCGCGUCUGGAAGCAGUACGGCGACGGCGAGGCCACCAACCAGUGGAUACGCGGCGGAGCCUACGGAGCCGCGAGCGUGUACUUUGGCCGGUACCUCCCCGGAGUGCCGAAGGGCUCGGUGGCGCGCCGCGGCGGGAUCUGGACCUGCCCAGCCGACGACACGAUGCCGUGCGUCGAGGCCCUCGCGUCGCAGGCGCAGGCGAAGGACGACGAGGAGCUGGUGACGGUCUUCUCGGACGCGCACUUCUGCGGCAUCGACGAAGGCGCCGGGGCUCUCGGCUCCCCGCCAGCCGUCAAGAUGUCCCCGCCCAACGAGAUCUACCAGCGGUGGCUCGCCGCGACGGAGCGCUACUUCCCCAAGGGUGCCGGGCUGAGCACCCUGCACUGGCGCCGCGGGGACAGGUGCACGCAGGCGCAGAUCACCGCGGACCCGAACGGCCGCGAGUUCGCGUGCGCGGACUUUGACCAGACGCCCAUUCCCGCGAUGUGCGCUAAAAACCGUCCGCUGUACAUCGCGACGGAUGAUUUCGAUCCCGACUUUCAGGAUUCCAUCGUCAAAGCCGGGUGCUUCUCGUACCCCCAGGUGUUUGGCGACGUCGGCGUCACCGACGCCUUCGGAUCCUUCCUGCUGGACAUCCUGACGAUGACGCUUCGCACGGAGCGGACGUUCUUCGUGCUCGGCGGGAGCAGCGAUAACCCGAUGAUGGCGCAGCUUCAGGAGUUUGAGGUUGGGGCGCCGGUAGAGACGAAGGAGAUCACGCCGGAGGGAGCGGUGCCGAUCUCGAUGCUCUUCAACCGAUAG